CGGAAGAAUCCUUCUUUAACGUUGAAGAACACUGGGAGUCCUCUCAUUCUCUGUUCCAAAUCGGCCAUAGAAGAGCCCCUUCGAGUUCCAGGCAAUAAUCAGGGCAUUGCUUACCAUAUCAAGUGUUACAUUUACCGUAGUACUGGAAUGCACUGCUUUAAUUGGACCAUGAAAACAUUUCUCAACUGUUCUACAAAAUAGAAUCAGUUUUAACUCUGAUUUGUGUAGAACUAAUAUUUAGGAAUGGUGUCUAACUCGGAGAAGGUAAUCUUAUGCUAUUGCAUGAGUGGUGGUGAGUUAGUAACAUAUCCAGAUGGAUCUGUUUCUUACAAAGGCGGCAUUACAAAAGGAGUGAGAGUUGACAGCAAUACCAAAUACAGUGAUUUUAUACGCGAKCUMUGCAGCAAAUUUGAAAUUGAUCCAAACACAGUAACCUUGAAAUAUUCCACUCCAUUUGACAAGAGCCGCCUUCUUGCUUUGUCGGAUCAGUCUGAUUUUGCAAAUUUGCUAGGUUUUAACCAAGGAUUUGCGGAUGUGUAUGUAGUUAAAGAAGAGAGGUGUGUAGAACCCCAGGAAACUACAAGGUGCUCUGGAGAUGUUUUGGUAGGAUCUGUAGUUGAAGAUUCUAACCUUGAGGAAGUAACAAACAGGUCAAAUGACAAAGCUCCAUUGCUGUCUGCAUUAUGGGAGAAUGCCAUAAAAGGGGUAGGACAGAUGUUUGACAGUGGCAAUGAGUUCCGAAAUGCACUUGCCAAUUUCUCAAUAGCUUGCCGUUUUGGGUACAAGUAUAUCAAGAAUGGCCGUGAAAGCAUAAUUGUGCAGUGUGAUGCUGAUGGCUGCCAAUGGAAAAUCUAUGCUAGUGCAGUAGGAAACUCCAACAUAUUUUGUGUACGCAAAUAUGAAGAUAAACAUACCCACCCAACUAAUUAUGAGGACACUGUGAAGUACCGAAUAUCAAAGAUGUGGGUUUCUAAUAUUAUAAAGGAAAAAUUUCGAAAUAACCCUGCUUAUACACCACGGGAAAUAGUUAAGGAAAUAAAGCGUGACUACAAUGUUGACAUAGCUUAUAAACGGGCCUGGCGGGGCAAGGAAACUGUAAAGGAGGCUGUAAAUUUAUCACUGAAGAACUCCUUCAAGCUUGUACCUUGGAUUUGCCAAAGACUGAUUGAGUCUAACCCUGGCACUGUUGCUGUGUACACAUCAAAAAGUGACUCAACAUUCCAUCAGCUAUUUAUUGCUUACUAUGCUUCUAUUCAUGGGUUCCGUGUUGGUUGCCGUCCUAUUCUUUUUGUGGAGGAGAAAUCCUUGAAUGGAAAAUAUCUCCAUACAUUACUUUCUGUGACAGCUGUGGAUGCUGACAAUAGGAUGUUUCCUGUGGCUUUUGCUGUGGUUGAGUCAGGAUCCUUGGAAAAUUGGAGAUGGUUUUUUAGAAAUGUAAAGGUGGCUCUCGAUGACAAUAGAGAUAUCAUUUUUGUGUCUGACAGGAAGGAAGACAUUGUUAAGGCAGUUGAGGAGAUAUAUGGGUCAGUGCUUCAUGCACAUUGUUACCGUCACUUGACAGAAGGUUUCAAGAUGAUGUUAAAAUGCUUACAUUUGUCCCCUUCAGUGCAGGAUGUGCUAAAGAUGUUAUUGGAUGAAAUUGCAUAUGCAAAGACUAGGGUGGAUUUUGACGAUUCUUUGGGGAAAAUGAGGUCUAUUUCAGAGAACGCAUAUGACUGGGUUCUGAAAAAUGAACCUAUUCACUGGGCUAAUUCACUAUUCCCUGGCAAGCGUUAUGACCAGUUCAGUGUGAAUAUUGCCGGUUCUUAUGGUGCAUGGAUUCCAGAAGCACAAGAGUUGUCAAUAAUAGAAUUGAUUAACCUAAUCCAUAAAAAUAUAACAGAUAUCAUGGUUGGAAGGCAAACUAAUUGUGCUGCCUGGAAAUUUCCUGUGGGUGGUACAAUUGAAGAAAUGUUGAAAAGGAAUAUUAGCAAAAGUGAAGGAUUACAUUUUCGUUGUUCAUCAGCCUUUAGAUUUGAAGUGUUUGGGAUUCCUAUCAAUUAUUGUGUGGACCUGCACCAAAGGACUUGCUCUUGUAGGGAGUGGGAUAUGGUUGGUCUCCCAUGUAUACAUGCAUGUGCAGCACUUACAAGUAUUCAAGCUGACAUUUAUUCAUAUGUGGAAAAAUGCUACCUAAAAGAGACACAACAGGCCAUUUACUCAGAGUGCAUGCAUGGAGUAUGGACAAAGGAAAUACCCGAUGGUACCUCCAUGAAUGGGAUUGAUGAUGAUGCUUCAAGUUCUGGACUUGGUCUUCUUCGUCCUCCUUCUCCUCCUCCAUGUCUUCACCGUUUGCGUGGUCGUCCAAAGAAACAUAUGGAGCCUCAAAACAAAGAAAAAAAUAUGGAGCCUCAAAACAAAGAGAAGAGGCCACUUCAUUGCAGUCUAUGCAAGGAGGCUGGCCACAACCGCAAGAGAUGUAAGAACCAGAUGUAACGCUAUCCAAUUGAGGUAUACAUAGUUCUUAUUUCUUCUUUUUUUUUUUUUGACAUCUGACCAUAUUAAAUAUGAAACAACAUAGCAUACAAAAAGAGGGGUUAGCAUUGGUAAUUUAGGUUCUUCAGGAGUGGGAAUGGUGUUUAGGGAUGGUUAUGGCGGAGUGAAGGUGCUUUUCUCGGGGCCUAUUAGAGAUAGGAACUCUUUAAGAACAGAACUGUUGGCUGUAUUACAAUAGUGAAUCUAAGACAAUUAAUGGACAUCAGAAAGUUGAUAAUGGAAGGGGACUAUCAGUUGGCUUCAUUCACAAUAACAGCCAGGCAAUGUGGCAAUUUAGGCAAGUUAUCAAGAAGAUUCAGUGGUUGACAGGUGGAAAGGUUAUAUCAUUUAAAUGGGUCAACAGAUCAGCAAAUGGAAUGGCUGACAUGUUAGCAAAAUUAGGUUAAUAGACAGCAACUUUUCUGGCCUGCAGUAUAAUGAUUUCAACAUGUAUAGGGAUAGGUGGAAUACUUCCAUCCUAACAAGGGAUUUCAUAACCCCAAUAAUCCCUAGGUAGUCCUAGGCUCUGCCUAACCCCAAUAUAAGUUUUAGUAAUAUAUAAUAAACUAGCUCCCGGCUUCUUCAUUUGUUUUUCCCCAAUAUAGUUGUGCCCUGUUUACCCCUUGUUUGGUUAAUGUAUCCGCCAAGUCAUUUGCUUC